UCUAUAUCUUUAUCUCUUUCGCAAAGAGUAAAUUAAUUUAAUUUAAUGGAACUUUCGUUUGGUCGAAGAGCAAAAGUUUAAUUAAUAAUUAUUCAUAAAACUUAUAAUUUACAAUGUAUGUACCAACUACAAACGUACCACAUGUGCUUUGAAGAUGCUAAGACAUCUUACGAGGGAAAUACAAAACGAUUCCACUGAAAAGAGCAAUGAAUCAAAUGCUACUCACUUAGAUGUCACAGUACUCCCAGAAUUUUCUGUGCGUUUGGUUGUCUGUGAUCAUUAUUUGGCCAAGCCAUUGCCUGGAGUUGAUGUAAUAUACUCAGAAUUCAGAGGUUCAGACAUAAAGCAGGUACCAGUUUUGAGGAUAUUUGGACCUACACCAGAUGGGCGCAAGGCAUGUUUACAUGUACAUGGAGUAUUCCCAUACUUUUACAUACCAUGCCCCACACCAAAUCCAGAACCUCAGUUUUUAUAUCAAAUAGCAGCUAGCUUAGACAAAGCUCUAAACAUUGCUUUAAAACAAGCAACAUCAGCAAAUCAACAUGUUUACAAAAUUACUUUGGUUAAAGGACUACCUUUUUAUGGAUAUCAUGAUAAAGAACAUCUAUUUUUAAAAAUAUUUUUGUACAGUCCUGGUCUCAUACGGCAAGCAGUUGAAUUAUGUAGUAAUGGAGCAAUUUUGGGUCAAUCUUUACAACCUCAUGAGUCUCAUUUAAAUUUUACACUGCAGUUCUUUAUUGACUUCAACCUUUUUGGUAUGAGUAAUGUUGAUUUGCAGCAUGUAAAAUUUCGAAAAAAUGGUUUAUCACAAUAUAGUGAUGAACCUGCUAAAUCAUUUGAUGAAAUUGGAGUGAAGCCUGAAAGUAGUUGUUUUUAUGAAGUAGACUGUAUUGCAGCUCAUAUUAUAUAUCGCCAAAGAGUAGGUAGAGGUGAUGGCAUUGAAAACCCUGGUCUUGAAGAGGUAUGGAAUCAAGAAAAAGAAAGACGAAAGAAGUUGAAUGUAUCAAUAGCUUCGAAUUCAUUAUCUCAGGGACGAAUAGGCAUUGAAGAAACAGAUACUCAUAGUAAAUUUGAAAAAAUCAUGGUAUUGAAACUGGCAGAGAAUGGUGAUAAACUAGUAGAUGUUAAAAAUACAAAAGAAUUAGUGCAUUAUCCAGCAGAAAACCAAGGCGGUUCUGAAUUACUUAAUGCUACUGAUAUAAGUAAUCAUAUUCAAGAUAGUACAAGCUUAAGUUAUAAUACAACGUUGAGAAGAGUUCAAGAAGAAUCAAUUUGCAAUAUAGAUGAUACAGUUGUUGAUGAAGAUGUUGCAUUAAAUAGCAGUUUCUCUUUAAAAUAUAGCCAAAUAUUUUUGGAUAGUGAAGAUUUAGAACUUGUUGACAUGUUGCAAGAUCUAGAUGAACAACCAGUUGAAAAUGACAGUGUAAUGGGUACACCAGCAAAUGCUGAUAUGGAAAAUAGCACAGAAUCUGAUGAUGCAGAAUAUUCACAAAUCUAUGAUGAGAAAACUAUUCUUCUGGAUCCCUAUACUCGUAACAAGGAAAAUAGUGAGGACUCGCCACCAUGGAAUGAUUCAUUUUGGGAUGGAGCUAAUAUACCACAGUUGGAUGGAACGUGUGAUGACGAUCAUGUAAAGAAAGUAAGAAAAAGAAAAAUGAGACCACUUAAAGUAGGGUUAUCUCGACCAAAAGGCAAAAAGAAGGUAGACUUGGUUAAAUUAUUAGAGAAAGACAACCAAGAAAAGCAAGAUAAAGAAAUUGAUAGUGAAACAGAUGAAAUCGACGUUUCUAGAGAAACAAUAGAAGAUAUAUCUAUUUUACAUCUUAAAAGAGCAUCUAAAAUUAAUUCUCCUUUUAAAGGAAAUCUUGAUAUUAAAAGUCCUGAAACUAUGAUACAAAAUGAAAAUCCUUUGCCGAGUGCAGCUGUUUUGUAUGAUAUAAAAAAAGAAUUUGAACCAGUUGCAGGUCCAUCGAAUGCUAAUAAUGUUAAAGAUAAAUCAAUGAAUAUGUCUUUUACAGACAAUUAUGAUUCAACACCUGAACAAGAUAUAGGAAUAGAAAGUUUUUAUGAUAAAUCAAAAUUAUUUGAUUUAUCAAUUGAGGACAAAUCGAUACUAGAAAACGAAUCCUCUAAUACAGAAAGUCAAAGUAUAUUAAAAGACAUUGUAAAAAUUGAACAUAUUUCUUUACAAGAUCGUAAAACUAAAAAUUGUAAUAGAAAAAUUUGGACUCCUAAAAUUAGACCACCCUCUAAAGAGUAUGUAUUAUCAACUCUAGAAAAAUAUUCGAUUCCAAAAACAAGAAACCCUGAACCUUAUUUUUCAUGUUACAAAGAUGUCGGUGACAAAGUGGAAAUCGGUCAAAUGGUACUAAAAUUAAACAGCAAACUAGCUCGAGAUCAAAAACCCAUUGAUAAAGUUUUAGACGUCACUAGUAUAGAAGAGUGGCGCCAGUUGUUAUUUUUACAGACAAACGAAAUGUCUGAAGAAACGUCGAAACCCGACGCUUUAAAAUUAUUACUUGCAAGUAACAGACAAUGUAUACUACGACCAUUGGAAAAUCCUCCGACACGCGGUGAAGUAAUAAAAUGGUUUGAGAAAAACCAAACUAAUACAAAAGCUAAAGAAUUACCUAGAGAAAGUGCUGAUGAUGUCCAAGUAAAUAUUGAUGAUUUAGAAAGUUCCCAAGCUAUAGGGCUUAAUGAUUUAAAUAACACACUGAGCUUAGAAUUAACACAGAAGGAAAAAUCGGAAUUAAAUAACACUCUUCAAGUGACAAUGCAGCCUGAUGGAUCAUUUCUUUGUUUUGGUGGUAGUGAUAAUAAUAAGGAAAAUUCACUUUUUUCUCAAACAGUUGAGAACGACUUCCUUACGGUCAUGCUUAUAGAAGUACAUACGGCUGUAAGAGGAGAUUUUAAUCCGGACCCAGCAAUAGAUCAAAUAGAAGCUGUAUUUCUUUCCGUUACAAACGACUGCCCGCAAAACCACCAUUUACAAAGAAAUGUUACUGAAAUUUUUGUUGUCGAUAGUACAAAUGGCACAAAAUUCUUAGACAGAUGCGUGUUUAAUUACAAAGUUAGUUACGUAAAUGAUGAAAAUGCAAUUUUCGAAAAAGUAAUUGAUUUCGUCAAGAAACAUGAUCCCGAUAUUAUGUGUGGAUACGAAAUAGAGAUGAAUUCUUGGGGUUACGUACUGAAAAGGGCGCAAGUAUUGGGAUUGGAAAUGGUAAAGGAAAUUUCUAGAAUCACGGAGAAAAAUCGCCAGAAACGUUACAGGAAUGACGAAAAUGAAUUCGAGGGUAGAAUAAUUGGAAGGAUCACUUUUAACGUGUGGCGUUUGUUUCGAUACGAACUUGCACUGUCGAGCUACAGUUUUGAGAAUUGCAUGUACGAAGUGUUAAAAGAAAGGGUGCCCACAUACAGUCAUGCCCAAUUGGCUGGAUGGUGGCAUGACCGAUCUAGAAUACUGCGAUGGAUUCCUGUGGAAUAUUACCUGACGAAAUUAAAUGGGACUGUCCGAAUGUUGGACAAGCUUGACAUAAUCAAUCGUACAUCGGAGUUAGCGCGGCUAUUCGGCCUGCAGUGGUGGGAAGUUCUAUCGAGAGGUUCUCAAUUUCGAGUGGAGUCGCUGAUGCUCCGAGCGGCGAGACCUCUCAACUUGGUAGCAUUAUCACCCACAGUCAAACAGAGGGCAGCCAUGCGAGCACCGGAAUGCCUUCCUCUUAUUUUUGAACCAGAAUCUCGUUAUUACUCAGAUCCAGUUAUUGUAUUAGAUUUUCAAAGUCUCUAUCCAUCAAUGAUGAUCGCUUAUAACUACUGUUUCUCAACUUGUAUCGGAAGAGUACAAAAUAUAAAUGGCGACUUUCCCUACGAAUUCGGAGCUUGGCGAUUACGUAUCCCUCAAACUAAACUGGAGACACUAAUGCAGAACGGUCUCGUCCAUUGGUCGCCUGUAGGUGUUGGAUUCGUAAAACCCUCGGUCCGUCGAGGAGUAUUGCCAGCAUUGCUGAGGAGAAUCCUCGCAGCGAGGCAGGCUGUGAAGAAAGGCAUGAAACUGCAGACAGACGAAACCGUGAAGAAAGCCAUGCACUCCCGACAGUUAGGGUUGAAGUUGAUAGCAAACGUGACGUACGGCUACACGGCGGCGAACUUCAGCGGGCGCAUGCCGUGCGUGGAGGUGGGCGACAGCGUGGUGGCGAAGGGCAGGGAGACACUGGAGCGGGCCAUCAGGCUGGUGAAGAACAGCAAGUGGAAUGCUAAGGUUGUCUAUGGCGACACAGACUCCAUGUUUGUGGUGGUGCCAGGAGGUACCCGUGCCGAGGCCUUCGACAUCGGCCAGCAGAUAGCUGACGCGGUCACUGCUGACAACCCUUCACCAGUCGCCCUCAAACUGGAGAAGGUGUAUCAGCCUUGCAUCUUACAAACGAAGAAACGCUACGUGGGCUACAUGUACGAAAGUCCGGAGCAAGAGAAGCCGGUGUACGAGGCGAAGGGCAUCGAGACCGUCCGCAGAGAUGGCUGCCCGGCCGGGGUUAAGCUAUUGCAGCGCUCUCUGUGCGCGUUAUUCGACACGGGCGACAUGUCGCUGGUGAAGCGGCUGGUGUGCGGCGCGCUGGCGCGGCUGGCGGCCGGCAGCCUGUGUCCGCAGGAGCUGUUCUUCACGCGCGAGUACCACGGCGCGGCCGGGUACCGCCCCGGGGCCGCCGCGCCGCCCAAUGAGAUCGCCAAGCGGCUGUCGUCGCGCGACCGGCGCCGGACGCCGCGCACCGGCGAGCGCGUGGCGUGGCUGGUGUGCGCGGGCGCGCCCGGCACGCCGCUGGUGCGGCUGGCGCGCGCGCCGCACGAGCUGCUGCGCGACCGCUCGCUGGGCCCGCACGUGGCGUACUACGCGACCCGCGUACUGCUGCCGCCGCUGCACCGGUGCCUGUCGCUGCUCGGCGCGGACGUCAACAAGUGGUGGCAAGAAAUCGGCUGGAGUCGCGAGUGUUUGCUGGAGCGGGCGGGCGCGGCGGGCGGCAUCGCGCGAUACAUGCAGCGCGGCCGGUGCGCGGUGUGCGGCGCGCGCGGCGCCCGCUCGCUGUGCGGCCCGUGCGCCGCGCGCGCGCGACCCUCGACCACACUGCUCGCCGCGCGACUGUCUCGCGCUGACGAGGACUUGCUGCAUUGUAACCAGAUUUGUAAGUCCUGCUGCGGUCAUCCGCGGUACACGGAAUGCGAGAACACAGAAUGUCCUGUUCUUUGGCGGCGAGUCGCAGCCAUACAGAAGUUGGAGCAACUGCGUGACGUCACAAAUAACUUGCCGCCUAACUACAUGGAAGAAAGAAUCGAAUUUUAGUGGAUAAGGAAUAUUGUAUGCGGAAUCAUGUAAUAAAUAGAAGUAUAUAU